GCCACUGGCGCGAGCAUCUUGUCAGAGCUGCAGCGCCAACGCGAGACUAUUGAGCGCUCGCAGCGGACGCUGGAUGCGACGGGGCAGGAGCUGAAGGGGGCAGAGGGCACCAUCAAACAGAUGAUGAAGCGCGCCAAGUGGUUUUUCGGCUGA